CGGAGAUCUGCCAGUUCUCCGACCGCGUCAAGGAGUUCAACGACAUUGGCUGCGAGGUGCUUGCCUGCUCCAUGGACAGCGAGUACUCCCACCUGGCCUGGACAAACCUGGAACGCAAGCAGGGUGGGCUCGGCAAGAUGAGCAUCCCCAUUCUUGCCGACAAGACCAAGUCCGUCAUGAAGGCGUACGGCGUGCUAAAGGAGGAGGACGGUGUGGCGUACCGCGGCCUCUUCAUCAUUGACCCGAAGCAGAACCUGCGGCAGAUCACCGUCAACGACCUCCCUGUUGGGCGCGACGUGGACGAGGCCCUCCGCCUCGUGAAGGCGUUCCAGUUCGUGGAGCAGCACGGCGAGGUGUGCCCCGCCAACUGGAGGCCUGGCGGCAAGACGAUGAAGCCGGACCCCGCCAAGUCCAAGGAGUACUUCAAUGCCGCAGCUUAG